AUGACUCCCCUGGUCAACUACAUAGAGAAAGGUGAGUUACCCGAAGACAAAGGUAAGGCUCAAAGGUUGAAGGCAAAAGCAGCCAAAUUUUUUGUAGACGGCGGGAUCCUGUUCCGCCGAACCUACUCGGCCCCGAUCCUGAAAUAUAUUGGCCCAGAAGAAUCCGAGUACUGCCUAAGAGAAGUCCACGAAGGAAUAUGUGGAGAUCACAUGUCGGCCAAGAGCCUUGCCUACAAAAUCAUCAGACAAGGAUACUACUGGCCGACCAUCCACCAAGAUGCUAUGGAGUUUGUGAAAAAAUGUAAGAACUAUCAGCUGUUCAGCAACGUACCCCGGGUAAGCCCUGUCCUACCUUGCUCAGUUUUAUCCCCGAUCCCCUUUGCAUUAUGGGGGAUAGAUAUCAUGGGACCCUUUCCCCGAGCCAAAGGAGACCUCAGGUACUUGCUUGUCUCGAUUGAUUAUAUGACCAAGUGGGUUGAGGCUAAGGCAAUGCGGACAAUCAAUCAACAAGACGUCAUCCGGUUCAUGGACAAUAUCCUGAUGAGAUUCGGAUUACCGAGAGUCCUGGUCUCAGACAACGGACCCCAGUUCAUAGGAUCAGACUUUGAAAACUACCUAGCGGAAAGAGGCAUCAAACACAAGAAGUCUUCAGUCGCCUAUCCCCAAGGAAAUGGCCAGGUAGAAGUCACUAAUCGGAUUCUACUACGAGGAAUUGAAAAAAGGCUAGAAGAAAGCAAGAGCAAGUGGCCAGAAGAAUUACCACAUGUUCUCUGGUCAUACCGAACUAGUCCCAGGAGAAGCACCGGAGAAACUCCAUUCAAAUUAGCUUAUGGAACGGAGGCAAUGCUUCCAAUCGAAGUCGGGUCACCUUCCCAUAGAGUGAUCAACUUUGACAAAAUUGAAAAUGAGGAGGGGCUCCGGGUCAACUUGGACUUAGUAGAAGAAGUUCGAGAUCAGGCAAUCACAAGAAUGGAAAAAUACAAGGAAAAGACCCGGGAUCACUUCAGCAAAAAAUCCCGGGUUAGGAAUUUUCAAGCAGGAGACCUGGUCCUACGAGACAUUGAAGCGUCAGAUCCGACCAACACUGGCAAGCUAAUGCCAAAGUGGGAAGGCCCAUACAAGGUCAAAGAAGUCCUAAGACCGGGUACCUAUAAAUUGGAGCACAUGGACGGGUCAGAAGUAUCCAACACCUGGCAUGGUCUUAGGCUGAGGAAGUUCUAUCAGUAG